AUGAGUGGUAGGAAAGCUUUGGCCCAAAUAGCCAAAAAUCAAAAUCAAACACAGGUAUUUCAAAAACAUACUAGAAGAGAAGGAUGUUUUAGUACAAAACAGAAAAAUAAACAGGAAACAAAUGAUGAUUCUUUAAUCGCUGAACUUGAGAGCGAAAUUAAUCAACAGGAAGAUAUGCAGGAAGCAGCAAAACAAUGGGAUGAGAAGUAUUAUCAGAUUAAACUCGAACAAAAUAUUAAUGAGUUAAAUAAUCGAUUCCAAGCAGCCAUCAAUGAAUACAAUACACUACAAAACGAUAUUGCUAUUCUCAGCGUCCUUAAUGAACAAUAUUCUCACUAUUGUUCACAACUCGCUGAAUUAUACAAUUACGCAAAGAAACAAACGGAAGAAACUAAGGACGAUAACUUCCAACAGAAUAUAGAAAACAUGGUUAACCAAUUCAAUAUUCCUGAUGAAGAUAAAUUACCUGAUGUUGAAUACCAAAUUCGAAACUUUGACAACCCAUGUGAUGCUAACAACAUGUCAGAAUUUAUUGAAGAGUUCAGAAACCUCAAUAAAGAAAUACAAAAUCUCCAAGAACAAAGAAAAUCAGAUACAAUAAAGCUUGAAGAUACAAAGGAUUCGAUUGAAAAAUUGCAUCUCCUAAUCAAUCUAAGCUUCCAAGAUCUCGGCUUGAUUUCUAAUGAGUAG